AUGAUCAUAUCUAGAGGUUCUCAUGUGGAUGAAGAGCCCGUGGCGAAGAAGCCACGGAUAUCUGUAGGUGAGAUGACAGAUGACACAACGGAUGAUGGGCUGAACACCGAGGAGAUUAGAGCCCCUUAUACAACAGAGGAGAUGGAUGAGCCUGAAAAAGCCGCGUUACUACCCAAGAUACCGAAAAAAUCACCCGUAAGUAUCGGUAUGAACCCAGAAAAUGGAAAGUAUGUCUUACCUAACUAUUCGAAAGACGAAUCCUUGAACGCGAGAAAGUUUCUGAAAUACUACGGUCUUCGUAAGUUUUUGGACACUUACCUACCGGAAGAGCUGAACUCACUCUAUAUCUAUUCGUUGAUCAAAUUAUUGGGCUUUGAGAUUAGAGACAAAGAACUUUUAUCGAGUCUUUAUAGAUUUUUCCAUCCAGUGAAAAGUAGUGACCAGUUCAAGCUCGAAUAUGAAGAUUUCACUGAUCCUUUGGAAAAAAAAGAGGCUGUUAAACUAAUCAAAGAUUUACAGAAGGCUAUCAAUAGAGUACUAGCAACAAGAAUUCGAUUAUCCAACUUUUAUACCAUAGACCAUUUUGUCUCCAAAAUAAAAAAAGCUGAACGAAUAUUGGUGCUCACAGGUGCUGGUGUAUCAACAUCCUUGGGUAUUCCGGAUUUCAGAUCUUCAGAAGGUUUUUACUCCAAGAUUCAACAUUUAGGUUUGGACGACCCUCAGGAUGUUUUCAACUAUGAUAUUUUCAUGCAAGAUCCAUCCGUUUUUUACAACAUCGCCCACAUGAUUUUACCCCCGGAGAAUAUGUACUCACCUUUGCAUAGCUUUAUAAAAAUGCUACAGGACAAGGGUAAGCUAUUAAGAAACUAUACACAGAAUAUUGAUAAUUUGGAAUCUUACGCAGGAAUAGAUCCUGAAAAACUAGUUCAAUGUCAUGGCUCUUUUGCCACUGCAUCCUGUGUUACCUGUCACUGGCAAAUACCAGGAGAAAAGAUUUUCAGUAACAUCAGAUCGAUGGAAUUGCCGCUAUGUCCUUAUUGUUAUCAAAAAAGAAGAGAAUACUUUCCAAAUACUGGUGACGAGGAGUACGAUACAUUGAAAGGUAACUUGGAAUCCGGCAUACAAAAUAACAAUUUUGCAUUGAAAUCUUACGGAGUUCUAAAACCUGACAUUACAUUCUUUGGUGAAGCAUUACCUUCGAAGUUUCAUAAGACCAUCAGAGAAGAUAUAAUGAAAUGUGAUCUGCUUAUCUGUAUAGGUACCAGUUUGAAAGUUGCCCCAGUCAGCGAAAUUGUGAAUAUGAUACCUGCAUAUGUUCCACAAGUAUUAAUAAACAAGGAUCCAGUAAAACAUGCCGAAUUUGAUAUAGAGUUACUUGGAUUCUGUGAUGACGUUGCUACGGUUGUUGCACAGAAAUGUGAAUGGGAUAUUCCACAUAAAGAUUGGGAAGGUAAACUAAAAAAGAAGAGAUUUGAUGUUAACGAGAUUGAGCGCGGAGUUUUUAAUAUAGAGGCUGGUUCUCCUGAAUGA